AUGGCUACAAAAAGGCUCAGAGAUACUAGGAACUACAGUGAAAAUGUAAGAAACUCCAUCUUAGAUAGAAGAGAAACAAGUUUGUUCAAGAAAGCAGAAGAGCUUUCUAUUUUGUGUGACGUAGAAGUCGCUAUAAUUAUUUUUAGGCCAGGAAAAAUCCAACCCAUUACUUGGAAAUCCACAAGUCUGGCUCAGGAUGUCUUGACGAGGUAUUUAAGUUUUAUUGAGUUCAAAAGGCUUGAAAAGUUGGUCACACAUGAAGACUAUCUUCAAAAGAAAGUUGAUAAGAAAGAAGAACAAAUUAGCAAAUUAGAGAAAAUGAAUGAGGCAAAGGAAAUGGAAAUCCUCUUCAACCAACUAGUGGAGGGAAAAAGUAUUGAUGAACUUGAUUCUAGAGAAAUGAAAGGUUUAUUAAAGGUGUUUGCUGCAAAAAUGGCUAAACUUGAUGAAAGAAAGAAAGAACAAAACCAGUCUCCAAAUCCUCCAUCCAACAAAGAAAAUAUUACCUUAUCAGCAAGUCCAAUGGAAGAGUCAUUCAAUGAUCCGUGGUUUAUUCUGACUAUAGCUACAUUAGGGGAUGGAAGCGGUAUAGAGCCUGCACCAAAAGAAGGCAAUGACGUCAAUGUUGAAGAUGAUGGACAUUCCAAGGACCUCGAUUGA